GUAAAUUGUAUUGCCGAUGUUUGUAACUCGUGUUAUUUUUUUUUGUAAAUGAAACAAAUAUAAAUAUUAAGUUAAGUGUUUAUUUAUCUAACAAGUCUUAAGAAUAACGCGUGCCGGCAGCCUUUGUAAUCUAUGUCGUAGUAUUUUUCGUAAAAGUCUUGUAUGAGCUCUUCAACCUGUAAACAAUGUCAAACGAUUUAAUAUUGCAAAACAAAUGUGCGGCGUGCAGCGAAAUUGCCCACGAACCAUUCAUAGAGUGUGUUGAAUGUGAUAUCAAUUUGUGUACAGCAUGUUUCGCCUCCGGUCAGGAAGUGGGAAGUCAUAAGAACGAUCACAAAUAUGCCGUGCGGAGGAAUGACUUUCCUUUGUUCGACAACUGUAACUGGUCAGCCAAGGAAGAAUGUAAACUACUCUCAGCAUUAUCAAUAUACGGCUUCGGAAACUGGGAAGAAAUAUCUAAAAGUGUACACACACGGUCAAAACUAGAAUGUCAAGAGCAUUAUAAGAAGUAUUACAUAGAAAAUGUUCAGUACAAAGAGCUGAAGCUGUUACCAGAAACAGAACAAUCUUUGUUCCCCAAACCUGUGAUCCCCUAUUUGUAUAGUACAGAAAUUUGUAGCAACCCUCCCAGGAACAACAAUGCAGAUCAACAUUUGGCUGGAUACAACGCCUACAGGUCUGAAUUUGAAUUAAGUUAUGAUCACAAUGCAGAAAGCAUUUUCAAUAUAGAGGAUAGCUAUUCUGACGAUGAUGACGAUGAGGAUGAUGAAGACUGUAUGGAUUCUUUGAAAGUGUCUCUGGUCAGUUCUUUGAACACAAGGCUUAGAGAGAGGCGGAGGAGAUACAAGGUGAUACAACACCAUGGUCUGAUAAUGCCAAACAAAUUGAUAUCCUGGCUACAGAAGUUUGAGUCAACAUUGUCUAGGCAGAAGUGUGAUAGACUUGUCUCCUUUAUGCAGUUCAUGACAGGAAUGCAAUUUGAUGCAUUCAUGGAGUCAAUCAGUUUGGAACAAGAAUUAAUGCAGAAACUAACACGGCUGUCAGAGUAUCGGAGAAAUGGUAUUAGAACAUUGUAUUCUGCAAAGUUGUAUAGACAAUUGAAAAAGGAGAAUGAUCUAAUUGUAAAGGAACAGAAGCAUGCUACAAGUGUGAUGGCAAAGAAAUAUGACAGUCAGUCACCAGUGAAGAACUCAAUGCUAUUUGGUAAGAGUAAUCAGCUGCUGAAGUAUAAGAGAACUUCAAUGCCCCUGGAGAUUGUGGACCUACCAGGGUUCAACUUACUCACAGACACCGAGAAAGUAUUAUGUUCUAAUCUACGACUGGUCCCUGAGAAUUACUUGGAGAUCAAGCAUCAAUUAAUUACACAGAACAGUAAGAUGGGCUUCCUACGUUUGCUGGAUGCUAGGAGAAUAGUUAAAAUAGAUGUGAACAAAACUAGGAAGAUCUAUGAUUAUUUGUUGUACGAAGGAUUUAUAUCUAAGCCACAGUAAAUAAAUAAGCAUAACUUUUUUAUAUCAA